AUGGCACACGGAGCGGAGGACUGCGCGACGGUUCUAGAACAGUUCGUUCACGAUGUGGCCAACCUUCCAGCUGAGAUAAAUCAUUUGAUGGAGGAAAUACAGGCCAAGGACAAGGUCAUGCAGGAGUGUCGCGCGACCAUCAACUCCCGCGACAGCAGCAUUCAAAAGUUCAUCAAAUUGAACGGCAGCCUGACGCCAAACCCCAAGGAAGAACCAUAUGGAAAGACCAUUUUACAGAAUAUGGACAAAUCGCAUGAAUUACAGAACGAAAAGAUUCAAUUGAGCGAGAAAGCCUGCGUGCUCCUGGAUCGACAAAUCAAGCGCCUUGACGUGCGCAUUCGCGAUCUGGUCAACGAAGGCCUCCUCACCAAUGACCCACCUCUGCCUUCAUUAUUCGACUCCAAAAACAAAUACCGCAACCCGCCAAAGGUCUUCUUUCCCGAUUCAACCCCCUCCGAUUCUCCCGCCUACUCAACACCUAUGAACGCGAACUCUGGAAGCGCGAACCCCAUCCUGGCCGCAGCGCAACGUCUUAAUCAAUCCACAACACCACGCCCACCUGGAUCCGCUGCACAGCUUUCCCAGUCCACAGCGCGAAGCUCUGCCCCCGCCACACCCGCCGCAGCUGUCGUUCACCUCCAACAACGACAACGCGAAUCGUCGGCGGGAGCAGUAGACUCCAAACGCCGUCGCUUGAACCCGGUCCUCAGUACUCUCCCGGCUGCUUCAUCAAAUUUGCGCCAGUCUUCUCUUGGCCCUGGAACACCCAAGCCUGGGACACCUUCUGGAAGCCGUGCGGGGAGUGCCGGGCCCCGUACCAGCAUGGGUAUCAAGAAAGCACUCACCAAGAAGAUCGCACCGCAUCAGCAGGUCAAGAAACUCAAAACCGCGCAUGGAAAGCCGCUCAAGCGCUCUUCCAGUAGUGGACGGAUCAAGGCAUCGAAGAAAUCGCCCAACGGCGAGGGAGAUGAAGACGAUGACUCCAUGCUCAGUAGUGCUGAUACUUCGGACUCAGACAAGAGUGACGGUGCGGCGGACGACGAUGUUGAUGACGACGAGGAAGAUGAGGGAAAUGAGGACUCCAAGGUAUAUUGUACUUGUCGCACUGUCAGCCAUGGGGACAUGGUGGCCUGUGACAAUGAUGAGUGUCCUUAUGAGUGGUUCCACUGGAAGUGUGUUGGGCUGACUCGAGAACCGGUGGGGACCUGGUAUUGCGAUGAGUGCCGACGCACUCUUGGAAAAUAG